GUCCAUAUAUCACUGUCACUUAGUGAGCUGGAGAGGAAAGGAGCAGCAACCUGACGAGGACUUUUCCUAAACACAUAAUCUAAGCUUUACAGAUCCACACAUCACUCAUGAUGAGCUGGAGACGAAAGGCACGCAUUAGUGGCAGUGACCAGAAGGACCCGUGUUCGAACUCCCUCAAAAUAAACAUCGUUUCUUUGUUACUUUCUCGACAACAUCUCGAGAUCUGAAACCUGAUCCCUACCUUUUUCAUUUCCCCUUCUCAAAAGUCGCGGCCUUUGAAUAGUGUUCCUCUCUCAUCAAAUCUCAGUUUUCAAGUGUUGACUCAUUUCAAGAUCUGGCUUAUGUCAUUAUUCCCUUUAUAAAGCUUUCUUCUUUCUUUCUUUUUUUAAUCCCUUCCAGCUAGUAAUACCGUAGUAGGUAACUUUUGGGUGGUCUUACUUGCUUUUCAGCAAAAAAAGCUGUCAACUUUCUUCUUGUCUUUGGGGAUCUGAGCAUCUCAGAAGCUUAUAUGGGAAAUGGGUUUCUCGAAAGCAUGAUGCUUUCGCUGCCACUUGUAAUCUCUUGCUGAAGACGAAGCAAUGUGUAGGUAGGAUGCAGAGUAGUUUAUAGUUAGGUAGCUCAUGAGUUCAUUGGUACUUGGAGGACUCAAGAUGAUUGACCAGUUCAUCAACUUUGUUAUUCGCCCUCCCAGGGCUGAGUAUGAUCCUGAUCAGUAUUUGUGGGAGAAGGACUUUAGCAUCGGUGGCACAAAGUGUAAAAGGCAAGACUUGGAGGCAACUUACAAAUUCAAGGGGUCACACCUUGCGUUGCAGUCACUACAUUCCUUCAUCUUCUUUGGAGAAUACUACUCCUCUUCCUUGCGUUAUAUACUGCCAUGGUAAUAGUGGAUGUAGGGCAGAUGCAAAUGAGGCAGCAAUGGUUCUUCUUCCAUCUAACAUUACUGUUUUCACACUUGACUUCUCCGGUUCUGGCUUAUCUGAUGGUGAUUAUGUUAGCCUUGGCUGGCAUGAGAAAGAUGAUCUCAAGACUGUGGUUUCUUACCUGAGAAGCAGCAAUCAGGUGUCUCGUAUUGGACUUUGGGGACGGUCUAUGGGUGCAGUUACCAGCCUUCUCUAUGGAGCAGAAGAUCCUUCAAUUGCUGGAAUGGUCUUAGACAGUGCAUUCUCAAACUUAUUUGAUCUUAUGAUGGAACUAGUGGAUGUUUACAAGAUCAGACUUCCUAAAUUCACAGUUAAAGUGGCUGUACAGUACAUGCGGCGAGUAAUUCAGAAAAAGGCCAAGUUUAAUAUCAUGGAUCUCAAUUGUCUCAAGGUUUCACCAAAGACUUUUAUUCCAGCUUUGUUUGGGCAUGCAAGCGGAGACAAAUUCAUCCAACCUCAUCACUCUGACCACAUUCUCAAGUGCUAUGCGGGAGACAAAAACAUCAUCAAGUUUGAUGGUGAUCACAACUCCUCACGGCCGCAGUUUUAUUAUGAUUCAGUGUUAAUAUUCUUCUACAAUGUUCUACGCCCGCCUCAAGUUUCUUCAGCUUGCUCAUCUAAACUUGAAAGUUAUAGCGCUGCUGGUUUGGACGAGAAUUUUCUGUAUGAGAUCAUCUCUGGGCUUCGUUCGGCAUGUAUCGAUGUUGCAAGUUCUUCUUCUUCUGCACCUCCUGCCUCUCUAACAACAAAGCCAACAAAUGAGCUCAUCUCAGAAGCCAUGCCCAUUAUGGAUACUGAUGACUUGCUUGUAGCAGACAAUGAUCAGAACAUUGAUGAACCUGAGGGGAUGCCUAUUGAUCAGUUUGAAGAAGGAUGUUCAUUCACAAGCUCUAACAGGGAAAGCUGGGGUAGAUGCUCUUCACUAGGAGGCUCUGAAGAAGAUGAGAGCUUGGCUGUCGGCGAGGGUGAUCAGGUCGAGAAAGCUGAUAUUGGAAACACAGAACAGAAGCCAAUAGAGUCCACUAGACAACAAGAAGAAGAAGAAAAAGAAGAGAGGAAGGAGAAGAAAAUGAAGAAAGGAGUUGAAACAGAUGCAAAGAAGCCUAAACGAGAGAAACUGGAAAGGUUAGAGGCUUUCAGCAAAAGACUCAGGCUUGGCAUCAUAAAGCGAGUAAACCAUGGAAGACACCGUUCUUCGCAACCUUAACAACAAAGUUCAACAAAAUACUCUAAAUUUGUUAUAUAUGUUCUCUGCAUCUUGCCAUGUACACAUGCAGCAAAUCAAAUAUGUACUACCGUAUCGAUUGUCAUUGCAAAUGGACUACAUUCCUAAUCA